AUGUUGAUUUUGGUAGGUUUGGUUUGUUUCUUCUCGUUCGCACUUGGUUUGGGCUUGAACCAGAACCAGGUUCGCGAUCUUGAGCAGGAUAGCGACUUUCAGGAUGAUGAUGUCUCCCAAUUCCCUCCGCCCAGGCAGACGGGCCAGAAAACUCAUGACCCGACUAUUUUGAAGGUUGGUGAUGAGUUCUAUCUGUACAAUGUUGGUGAACAUAUCUAUAUUCAUACCGCGCCCUCCAUGGCCGGUCCAUGGAAGCAUGUUGGCAGUGUGCUGGACGCCAACAGUGUCAUCCCCAAGGGUGAUCGUGCUGCCCCCUGGGCACCGACUGUCAUCGAAUUCGAAGGCGUUUACUACUGCUACUACAGCGUGAGCAAAGCUGGCUGCCGUGACAGUGCUGUUGGAGUGGCGACAUCUAAUUCCCCUGGACCCGGUAAAUGGCAUGACCACGGCGCCGUUGUCCAGACUGGGACGGGCAAUGGUUCCGAUGUGUCGCCCUACACUGUCUCAAAUGCCAUCGAUCCUAGUGCAUUGGUUCUGCCCAAUGGUGAAGCGUACCUGACCUUCGGAAGCUACUGGACUGGUAUCUAUCAAGUUCCUCUUGGCAAGGACAUGCUUUCACCUAAGAGUACUACUCAGCCUGAUGCUCGUCACCUUGCCUACGAACCCAAUACCCUGAGCGCUCCCAACCGCAACGCCAACUCAUUAUGCGGUGACCCAACUGGACCCCACGCCAUCGAAGGAGCAUUCAUUUCCUACCGCGAUGGAUAUUAUUACCUCUGGUUCAGCCAUGGAAACUGCUGCAAUCUGCAUGCAAACAAGCUCCCUGCUGCUGGCAAAGAAUAUAGUAUUCGCGUUGGACGGUCCCAAAAUCCUCGUGGGCCCUUCAUCGACAAGAACGGCAAAGACCUGGUCAACGGUGGCGGCACCGUUAUCUACGGCUCUAAUGGCGAGACCUAUGCCCCGGGCGGCCAAGGCGUCCUCGUCAACGGCGACACCGACCUUCUCUACUAUCACUACCAAAAUAAAACUAUUGGCGUGGCAUUUGCGGAUGCCCUCCUUGGCUUCAGCCCACUAAAAUACGUCAACGGAUGGCCCGUUGCACAGCCAUAA